UGCAGGCACAUCACAGCUCAAACUACCGUCCAGAAGAAGCAGCAGCUCACCUCACCUGCACAGACAUGGCUCCCUGCUCUGAAAACUACUCCUCUAUUCACCACAUGAGGAUUUCUGUGAGAGACAACAUUAAACUGAGAAAACCUGUUGUGGAGAAAAUGCGUCGAGAUCGCAUCAACACCUGCAUCGAGCAGCUCAAAAUCAUCCUGGAGAAAGAGUUUCACCAGCAAGAACCCAACUCCAAGCUGGAAAAAGCCGACAUCCUGGAGAUGACUGUGAGCUUCCUGAGGCAGCAGCUGCAGCCAGGCCUCUGUCAGAGCGACUUUAAGCAAGGCUACUCUCACUGCUGGAGGGACUCUCUGCACUUCCUGUCUGCUGCCUCCAACACAGACGGCUCUGUCACUCCUCUGCAGAGUCUUCAGCAGCAGCAGCAGCAGCAGCAGCAGCAGCUCCAUCAGGUCCAGAGAGCCAGCAGCUCGUCCCCAGUCUGUCCCACCAUGCUCCUGAAGAGCAGCAGCAGCAGCAGCAGCAGAGGACCUGUGUGGAGGCCGUGGUAGAGACUCUAUGACACAGACACUUGAGGGAACCUGUGGUCUCCCUCACUAUGUAGGAAAAUUAUUUCCACCCUGCUCACUGGUGGUGGGUUUCUUUAUUUUGUCUCAUCACAUUGAUGGACAAGUGGUAAAAGCAAAGGCUGCCAUGUAUUUGAAGAUCGUCCUGCUUCAACUUGAUCUGUUUGCUUUUACCGUAUACGUCUAAAGCUGGAGGUUGACUUUGAGUGAUGAUGGUUGUGUCAAAUCUUAUGAAAUAUGUGUUCACUCCAGUGGAGUUUAUUUGUGGACUGCUCAGUGUAACGGUACAUGCAGUUUAUACUGUAAAUCUGCCAUACUGUGUUCGCUGACAGCUGCUGUCGAGAGUAUUUCUCUUCUGUUUGGAAUUAUCUAUGCCCAAUUUAUUUGGAUGAGGAUGAUGCGUGUUUGUGAGUGAAUGUGUGUGUGUGAAUACAAGUGGAUGUAUUGCACCAAGAUGUUGAUGUGGUUGUUUUUUUGUUUACAUUUUUGGCUCUUAAAACAUUUGUAUGACA